AGGAGCAAACAAAUCCUCCUUAAACCCUCUUCUCAAAGUUCCAAAAACCUUCCUUUUCCGCUCUGUUUCCCCUCUCCUUGAUCAUAGAUGGCUUUAGGACGAUAUCAUGCGCUUCGAAACAUCUAUCAAACACUUGAAAUUCGAGAGUUUUCGACCUUGCUAACCAGCUCAAGAAGCUAUUCAAAAGCUAUUACAAAUGAUACAAAGUGCUGGAGCAAUUCCUCUUGCUUAUAUAAAUGGACGGACUUCCAUCCAUGGAAUAAUAUAUCUACGGCAAAGACCUGUUCAGUUGUUCCACAUCUCACAUUGAGGAACAUAUCAUCCUGCGUACGUAAGGACCAUGGAUGUAUCCCCUGGACAUCUGGAGAUAAACCAAUGCUCCAUUCCACUACAAUGCAGGAGCCAAUAAGCUAUGGUGACAUGCGAUCAGUUACAACGCAAGUAAAAGCUCCAGCCCAAGCACGACAAAUGGGAGCAGUCAAAGUGUCUAUGGUUAGUCCGGGAAUCGUAUAUGAUCCUUAUACCCCUCGUGAGAAAAUCCCAUUCUGGAAGAGGUAUUUCACUAGAAGUGGUUGGAAAAGGACAAAGGAGGAACUUAGUUCAGAGCUCAAAAGUGCAUAUGCCAUUGCUAAAUUACGAAAAUCUGGAUAUUCAAAACAAAAGUUCUAUGCUGAAGCUGUUGGCAUAUACAAAGAGAUAAAUACGCAAAUCGCAAACGGAGGAAAGACACCUUUGAGGAAAUUAGUCACGGAGCAUAUGUACUCUGCUCUCAAGAAUGAGAUCAAGCAACGAGAAUCAGUGUGGCCUACUGUCCACUGGGAACUAAUUGAACCAAUUGUUAAAGUGCGAACUCUGCGAGCUCGAUUGAUUGGUGUUGACAAAAAUGAUCUGAGUAAGGCGUUCAUACAGCUUACACUCGAGUUUCUGUCUAAGCAGAAGUUUGAGGCAUAUGAUGGGAAAGGAGCCGUUGUCUCAGGAGAUAGAAAUAAGGAGGUCUUGGUACGUGAUAUAUGGGUUUUUGAGAAGUCUCUCUUCCACCCUGGAGCAUACUGGCGUCUAUGUGGACGAAUCAAACUUUAGAUAGACUGUUGUGAAGAGGAAAUGGUAUUGUUCAAUUUUGUAAGAUGCUAGAAUUUGUAACUUAUCCAACCCUUAGAUAUACAUGUCUUUGGUUCCUCUCAAGCUAAUUAUUUGGGGACCUUCCUCUUGGGUUGAAGAGUACUUUCAUGUGCUUUAUUCUGUAGUCCAUUCAGAAAAUUUUCCUUUAGACUUGUGUAGCUGCCAUUUUAUGACUCAAUAAGCAGGUGCAAGUCCUACAUAAUUGUUCUUAAAGGAACACCUAUAAAGAUGUAUUUUUGUUUUCUGGAAUUGUUUUAAA